AUGGUGGUACAACAGAAUUUCCAAUUGGGUAAAGGGAGCUUGUCAUUCUCACCUCUUUGGGCCUAUGCCUCUUAUAUGAAGGGAAAUUUAUUGUUUGAACAAGAAGAGACUUGGCAUGUUGCAUUAAAGAGUGCCAGGGCUGUUUAUGAGGAGCUCGGGAAAUAUGGAGACUUGGAGAAUCAAAAUUGUGCCGUGAACGUGUGCAGGAACUGGACCCAAAUAUACGGCUGUUAUGGCCGAGGCUAUAGGUCUCAGCAGGCUGCAUCUAUGACAGAAUUUAAUUGGCUAGGUCAUAUAUUUCCAAUUUCAAAUUCCAAGACACUGGUUGCCAUAUUGAAAGCUCGGGAAUUGGAGAAAGAUCUUCAUGGUCCAGCAGCAAACUCUCUUCCAGCUGAGAAACGACUUAUCAUGUUCGACAAACUUUUUUCUGCCUAUCAUGAUGCCAGAAGUUGCAUCCGUAGUGACUUGGCUACUGCAUGUAAUUCUGAAAGCAUGAAGGAUGAUUUGAGUGGCCUUGAUAAAGCUAUAGCUGCUGUCUUAGGGCAACGAACUAUUGAGCGGAACCAGUUGUUAGUGAGCAUAGCCAAAAACAAACUUAAUAAGGUCCGAGAUGACAAAAAUGAAAAAGUUACCAAGCCUGAUGAACUUGUCCGGUUAUUUGAUCUUUUAUUACAGAAUACAGCUGAUCUUUCUGAUUUAGUUUGCUCUGGAAGAGAUAGAAAACCAGAAGAAGUGGCAUUUGCUGAAGAAUGUGAACUCAAAAGUUCGGUAUUCCGAGCCGAGAGGUGCUUUUACUUGGCUAAAUCCUACAGUUCUGCUGGAAAGAGGACAGAAGCAUAUGCAUUGUAUUGCCGUGCUCGUUCUAUAGCUGAUACAGCCCUUAUAAAAAUUCAGAAUUUGACAGCUGCUGAUCGGGUAAUGAUCAAGGAGUUGAAGGUGAUAUAUAAUGACAGCAGAUCCAACAGUUGUAUAGAGCAUGCAACUGGUAUUAUGGAGGUGGAGAAAGCUCCAGAGAAUCUCUCAAAAAAGAUCUCUACCUUGUCAAUAACUGUAAAUGACAAGCUGGAGAAAUUUCUUAUCGAUAAAUUGGAUACAUAUGAAUCCACGGUUCCUGACGCCAAUACGAAAGGAAUUCCUCGAAUUGAAGUCUUCCCACCAGCGUUCCCAGCAAUUCCUCGCCAUUCAAUCGUUCGGGACCUUGCAUAUGAUUCAAUUGAGUUCCCCUCGCUCAAGAACAGGAUGAAAAAAGACAAAAAAGGCUUCAUAAGUAGGCUUUGGAGAUGAGUGCUUAUUUUGGUGGCCUUGGAUUUAUCAGAUUUUUCUUCCAUAACCAUUUUUAAUGCUUCUCAGUUAUAUUAGUUUCAGCUAAAUUGUCUAAUGAGAACUUCGAAUUCCAAGAGCUAAGAUUGAAAUGGUAUUGACGUUCUCGAAUAUCAGGAUUGCUUCUCACUUAUAUCUUGUUAUAGCAGGAGCCGUGUGCACUAGACGGUGCUCAAUAGACUUGUAAGGAAGGAGUAUU